UGUCAUGGUGCGGGAGGAGGAGGCGGUGGCCGAGCGGGGAGGUGCCUGGGGCAGCCUCCAGGGUCCGCUCUGCCAUUCCUGAACUGGUCCGGGUCCCCGUGACCGUGGCUUCAGGGAAGCGAACUGUUAGGCGAAGGAGGAGGCAGUCAGAGCCAUAUCCCCUUCUUCCCCGGGGCGGGGGCCGGGCCUGGCCCGCUGAGGACGGGGAGGGCCGGGAGGGCGUCGGGCCGGGCCGGCCUGUCUGCCGAGAUGGAUGACAGCAAGGUGGUUGGAGGCAAAGUGAAGAAGCCUGGAAAACGAGGACGGAAGCCAGCCAAAAUUGACUUGAAAGCAAAACUCGAGCGAAGCCGGCAGAGUGCGAGAGAAUGCCGGGCCAGGAAGAAGCUGAGGUACCAGUACUUGGAGGAGUUGGUAUCCAGUCGGGAAAGAGCUAUCUGUGCACUCCGAGAGGAACUGGAAAUGUACAAGCAAUGGUGCAUGGCAAUGGACCAAGGGAAAAUCCCUUCUGAAAUAAGGGCCCUACUCACUGGCGAGGAGCAGAACAAGUCUCAGCAGAACUCAAGCAGGCAUCCCAAAGCUGGGAAGACAGACGCUAACACCACUUCGUUGGUGGGGAAUUGAACCUGUGGCUUCAGAUAUGAUGGGGUGAAGAUCAUAUGAAAUGCAGUCAGUGGUCAGAGCCAGCGGCCUAGUGUCUAUGGAGGAUGAAUGGGCAGGACUUUGCUUCUCGGCUCCAUUUUCCGCUUACUGCUCAGUAAGCAUCUCUGUAAACCCAAAGUUUCUACCAAAAUGUGUGAUGCUGCGUCCCGAAGGUCCUUGUGCAACACUUGGGUUUCUUCAGACCUGCUCUGUUGCUCUCCACGGUGAUUAACAAGUUGUGAUGCCCAAGACCGUGGGAGUGGAGGAAGUGGAUGGAAGCGCACGUUUGCACCUUAGCCCUAUGGCUUUCAUGGUUAAUUUCUCUUUGUCCUAUGUAAUUGAUGGAUUUGUGUGUGUGUGUUUAGUUGUUACUUGUUUUCAUGUUUUUAAUCACCCUACAAAAAGACACCAAAUAGGGUGUUUGUCUCCUGUGAUUCUCUGCCUUUAUGGACCUAAUAUUACUCCUUUAUAUUUACUUGAGUAAUGUUUGAUUGUCUGUGAGCCAUUCCAGCAUAAGCUGUGAGUAUGUAUUAACAGAUAUAUACACUUCUAUUUUUAUAACCCAUAGUGAUAUGCCUGUUUUAAAGAAUGUACAUAACAAAACCCAACACAAAGCCCCUGACAGCCUUUUUUUGCUGUUCCCUCUGACUGCAUUUAUGAAAGCUGGCUAGGGCCAAAUCCAUGCGUGGAGAAUAAUUAGCCACAGUUUAUGUUUAAGUGAGAAGUAACCUUUUGGUGGCAUCCAUUACUUUAACCUGCAGUAUGUGUGUGACAUGGUUCUGCUGAAUGUCCACAUGCACACACAUUUGCUUGUGCACUCAGCUGAGGCAUGGCACUUUUCUGAAGAGUACAGAAUGAACGUAGCUGCUGAGACUGAGUAUCUGCCUUCCUGUGUAAGCACAGGCCACUCUGCUGGUGACACUAUUGCUGUUGCUGUUGGCAGAAUACUCAGUUCUUUCCUGACACGAGUGUCCUUAUGAAUGUGUUCUGAGCCAGAGAGAAGCCCACUGUGUGCUUGCACCUGCUUUAGCCUGUGCCCACUGUGGAUGGCCAUCCUGAGCUGCGCCCGGCACUGCAGCCUGGUCCUGGCGGGUAUGUGGAAGGCAUGUGGCUCUGUAUGGCUCCCUUACAGCUGCGUGCACAUGGCAUGGAACAGUGCUUGAGGGGCAGAGCUCAUAGUAGGAGCGCUUCAGAGACAAGGAAUGUCUACUUCACUCGCUUCUCUCUCUAGUUCUGUCAGAUGUGUUCUCUGUUGCUGCUAAUUACAAUUGUUCCUCUGAUGAAGCAGGAAUUUGACUUCCAGAAAAAGAAGUAUUUGCUACAGACUGGCAGUUGAAGAGGAGGUGUCAUAGUCAACAGGCAUGUCCAACCUUUUGACGUUGUGACUUGAAGCCUGAGAAUUGAAUGUUGUAAGUGAGUUUACAGUUUUGUGCUAGGCCACAUUCCUAGCUCUUCUGAGGCAUGUGCAGCCUAUAAGCUGUGGUUUAGACAUGCCUGGAAGGUUGUCUGUGAGGUGGAACAUGAGAUGGACUGUGUAGCUUGUGAUCUCUUGACAGGCAUUUGAACAGAUGCCCCUCAUUAGCUGAAGAUCCCUUGAGCACAGGCUUCUAACUCAGAUCUCCAUGGUAGGUGUGUGUGACCACCGACAGAGCCCUUGCCCAGCUUGUUAGGGCUCUCUGUGUUUUAGAAAAAUGGGCAUUAAGGGUAUUUAAUGUCUUCUUAGGACUGUAAAUGGAGACAAAGGAUUGUGGUAUUCAGGCCCUUCAGAACUCAAGUGUUUUAAAUGUAGUGUUCCGACUGUAAUGGGUGUGCUUCUUUCAGCUGGUCUACUCAGUCAUAAACUUUUACUCUGUAGAACAUCCCAUGACUUUAUGUUGCUUUGUUUGUUACCUUCUGAAUUCUCCAGGGGGAAAAAAUUGUUUUCAAAGCAAACAUUCCAGGAUGAAUGUGGCUCCUCGGUGGAAUGUCUGCACUGUGCUUGAAGAUUCUGCAGGUUGUACUUGUAGUUGCAGGGUCCUCCCCAGGUUGUAAUUGUAACUGCAGGGUCCUCCCCAGGUUGUACUUGUAACUGCAGGGUCCUCCCCAGGUUGUGCUUGUAACUGCAGGGUCCUCCCCACAUUGUAAUUGUAACUGCAGGGUCCUCCCCAGGUUGUAAUUGUAACUGCAGGGUCCUCCCCAGGUUGUAAUUGUAACUGCAGGGUCCUCCCCAGGUUGUGCUUGUAACUGCAGGGUCCUCCCCAAGCAGAAGAGAUGGACUUUGGAGUGAAUGUUGAUUAUAAUUUGAGUUUACUCUCAAGGUCUGUAUCUCUUUAGUGUUUUGGAAGUAUCAAACCAAGAUAAUGGCCCUCAGCAUCUGAUGGGGACAUGCCGAUUGCUCUGGGUACUAUGCUGGCCCUUCUCCCUAAUCUGUGAUCUAAUCGAUGUUCUGAUUCCAACCACUGCAGCGUCUCCUUCUCCACUCCCAUCCACUUAGGCACUGCAGGCUAACUGCAGUUCCUUCCCAGAGGAGAGCAAGCUGAGAGGACAGAGCCCAAGGCCAGCAUCUAGGGCAGGAAGAGGCCAAGUGCCUUGUCAACAGAGCCUGGCUCCUUCUUCCUUUUAUUUCAGAGAUUAAGGAGAAAAGAUAUGUGCACAUUCACACCAAUCCAACUCUGCCUUGAGCAUCCACUGCCCACAUACUGGAGCAACUGGUGCAAUAUGGAGUUGAUCUGGUCAGGUCAGCUUUUAGUCUGUAGGUGAAGUUCUAAACUUGUUUUCUGUCCUUAUCUAAACUAUUCCUGUGAUGGCCAAGUCAGAACGUUAGUGCAGCAGUCCCUGCCACUGCCUGCCUGUGGACAGCGCCGAGCGUCACAUCUGUAACUUUGUCAUCUUUGACCUGCAGUGGGUCUGCUUUGAUAGAAAACAGAUUUAAGCUGGGCUUCACUUUUAGUUAAAGGCAAAUAAAAUCAACAAAAAUAAAUACUAUAUUUCACAGAAAUCAGCUACAUGUUGUUACAAAUAUUAAAAUACAUAUUUUGUUUUUUAAAAGACGAGAGAUGAUUAAACCACAUGGUAUUUGGGGGCAAAUGAAGGACUUUUUUUCCUCAGAAGAGCAUUGUACAAUUAUAUUUUUAUGAAAAAUAAAGUAUCUUCACCAAAA